CGUGACCGCGAGGCCUGGGUUGUAGUCUGCUUUCGGCUUCCUAGAGCCGCGGAACCCCGGAGUGACGGGGAAAACCCGGAGCCGGACUUUCGACCUGGGGCUCCAGGACUGAGCCAACGCGGACGUGUGGGCUUUUUUUCUAGAUAUUGCCACUCCACCUCUUCAAUGCAGGACUUCGACUUCUCCAGCCUGGAAUAUUGGAAUAGCUUCCUGUUGGGUUCCACUUCCUCAAAGCUCUCCCAACUGCAAUCCACCCUCUAUUUAGUCACCAAAAUGAUUUUCCUAAUGUGCAUUCUGACCUUCCAACCUCUCUUCAACCCCACUAUCAAUUAGCUCCAUUGUUUCCUUAUCUCCUCUAGUUGCUCCUACAGAAUCUCCAAUUUGUCAGGUUUUGCUUCAUCUCCAGUAUGUCUUCCCCCAAAAUCGCUUCCCUUUCUUGGGGUCAAAUGAAGGUCCAAGAUUGUAGCACAACCUACAAGGACUGCAAAGUGUGGCCAGGGGGCAGUCGGUCCUGGGACUGGAGAGAAACCGGAACCGAGCAUUCUCCAGGUGUGCAGCCUGCAGAUGUGGAGGAAGUAGCCAAAAAGGGUGUGGAAACCCUUGUAAUUGGCCGGGGAAUGAGUGAAGCAUUGAAGGUGCCGGCCUCCACUGUGGACUACCUCCGGAGACAAGGGAUUGAUGUCCUGGUCCUCCAAACAGAGAAGGCCGUGAAAGAAUACAACGCCCUGGCUGCUCAGGGUGUCCGGGUGGGGGGCGUCUUCCACUCGACCUGCUGACCCACCUCCCCACCUUGGAGAAAAUAAAACAGUACUUACAGCCUUUCCUCUCAA